GUCCCGGGUUCCGGGGGAAGUGUGUUACGGGGACACUGGCCCGACUACUUUCGUUCCGUCCUCCAUCGCUCUCUCCCGUGCAAUGGCGUCCGGGCUGGUAAGAGUGCUGCAGCAGGGGCCUCGCUGCCUCCUUGCUCCAGUCGUCCCCAAGCUGGUCCCUCCGGUUCGGGGAGUGAAGAAGGGAUUCCGCGCCGCCUUCCGCUUCCAGAAGGAGUUAGAGCGGCUGCGCCUUCUGCGGUGCCCGCCGCCGCCCGUGCGCCGUUCCGAGAAGCCGAACUGGGAUUACCAUGCAGAAAUACAAGCUUUUGGACAUCGGUUACAGGAAAACUUUUCCUUAGAUCUUCUCAAAACUGCAUUUGUUAAUAGCUGCUAUAUUAAAAGUGAGGAGGCCAAGCGCCAGCAACUUGGGAUAGAGAAAGAAGCUGUACUUCUGAAUCUUAAAAGUAAUCAGGAACUAUCUGAACAAGGGACAUCUUUUUCACAGACUUGCCUCACACAGUUUCUUGAAGACGAGUUCCCAGACUUGCCCACUGAAGGCAUCAGAAAUCUUGUUGACUUUCUCACUGGUGAGGAAGUCGUGUGUCACGUGGCUAGAAACUUGGCUGUGGAGCAGUUAACACUGAGUGAGGAAUUCCCAGUGCCCCCGACUGUAUUACAGCAAACUUUCUUUGCAGUUAUUGGAGCUCUGUUACAGAGCAGUGGACCCGAGAGGACUGCACUUUUUAUCAGGGACUUCUUAAUUACUCAAAUGACUGGAAAAGAGCUCUUUGAGAUGUGGAAGAUAAUAGAUCCCAUGGGGCUAUUGGUAGAAGAACUGAAGAAAAGGAAUAUUUCAGCCCCUGAAUCAAGACUUACAAGGCAGUCUGGUGGCACCACAGCUUUGCCUUUGUAUUUUGUUGGCUUAUACUGUGAUAAAAAGUUGAUUGCAGAAGGACCUGGGGAAACAGUAUUGGUUGCAGAAGAAGAGGCUGCUCGAGUGGCCCUUAGAAAACUUUAUGGAUUCACAGAGAAUAGACGGCCUUGGAACUAUUCCAAGCCCAAAGAAACCUUGAGAGCAGAGAAGAGCAUCACUGCCAGCUAGCCAGCCAUGAAUGUGGCAGCCUGAAACUUGAGACUGAAAGUGAGUUAAAUGUCAAAGGUGUUUCAAGCCAGACAUUUUCAAAAUUGUGAAGAAAUAGGUGGUUUUUUUUUGGUUUGUUCUUCUUUUUUACUGUGUUCCCAAAAUUAAAUAAAUGUUAAUCACGUCACAGUGUUUUUGAUUUUGUUUUUCUAAAAUCUUGGUUUGAUCAAAUCUUUUUUUUUUUUUUUCUUGAGAUAGAGUCUUACUCUGUCACCCAGGCUGGACUGCAGUGGUGCGAUCUCGGCUCACUGCAACCUCCACCUCACAGGUUCAAGCGAUUCUUGUGCCCCAGCCUCCCUAGUAGCUGGAAUUACAGGCAUAUGCCACCAUACCCGGCUAAUUUUUGUAUUUUUGGUAGAGAUGGGGUUUCUCCAUGUUGAUCAGGCUGGUCUUGAACUCCUGACCUCAGGUGAUCCGCCUACCUUGGCCUCCCAAAGUGCUGGGAUUACAGGUGUGAGCUACUGUGCCCAACCAGAUCAAAUCUUUUCUUGACAUUUUUACAAGAAAUUUUCCUAAAGUUCUUGAUUUAAUUGUAUAAAAUUUGUAUAAUUAGGUGUAUUUGCCUCUAGCUUUGAGGUAUCAUAAUUUAUGUAUCUUAUGUGAAUUUUUUGCUGUAAUACCAAUACAUUUUUUCUCCACAUGUUACAUUGCAUUUUAAUUUGAUAUACCCAGUAAUGGCAGGAGGUUGAUGAACUUUGCUUCUGUAAUACAAUUUUAACUGAAAUAGUAAUGUUAAAACUCUUUGGGAAAUGCAUGGUAUAGAUUAUAAGUAGGCAGCUAUUUACAUGAUCCCCAAAUUCCAAGUUUAAAAUUCUGUAUACUUCUAGUAUGUUUCUUACUCAGUUUCUAUUGUAAGUAGCAGGAAAAGGCAAAUGUUAUGCUUCUCAGAAAUUGCCUUUUCUAAGAAGUUGAAACUCAAAAACAGCUUAAAAUGUUAAUGGUGAAGGGAAAAUAAAGCAUAGAUUUCAGUUCAAUUUAGUAUUCUAGUCAUAAUAAUAGUACGUACCAAGCACUCUUCUAAGUAUUGGAACACAUUUAAUUCAGUAGAGAGGUUUUGGUGUUCUAAUCCUUUGUGGGCAGUUCAAUAAUCCCCUAACUGCAAAUUCCUUUUGAUUUAUCAUUUUUUAAAAACUUUUCGGCAACAGUUAUUUUUAGUUUGAGUCUUCCAGUAGUCACUCGCGGGGGUUAACAAGAAUAGCAGGACCUACGAGUUGAAAAUAGAAAAGAGGUAAAAUGUUAAAACCAACAGCACUUUUACCAUGAAUUCAUUUAUUUAUUUUUUAGACGGAGUCUGGCUCUGUUGCCCAAGCUGGAGUGCAGUGGUGCAAUCUUAGCUCACUGCAACCUCCGCCUCCUGAGUUCAAGGGAUUCCCCUGCCUCAGCCUCCCGAGUAGCUGGGACUACAGGUGCAUGCUACCAUGCCCAGCUAAUUUUUUGUAUUUUAGUAGAGACGGGGUUUCACCAUGUUGGCCAGGAUGGUCUCAAUCUCUUGACCUCGUGAUCUGCCCACCUCGGCCUCCCAAAGUGCUGGGAUUACAGGUGUGAGCCACUGCGCCCGGUCUGACGUUUUUUUAUAAAGAAAGAUAAAGGAAUUUUGAAGUGCCUUUCCUGAGACUGGCUAGGAAAGUGGAACUUGAGCUUAUAUUACAGGGUUUAUAGCUCCCCAAGGUAAAGCAGAGACUUUUUGGAGGGGAACAUUUGAAAAACAACUAGUUGACUGAAUUGGUAGGUUAAAAGUAAGUUAAAGUUGACCCUUGAACAACGUGGGUUUAAAUUUUGCAGAUCACUAUGUAUACGCGGAUUUUCUUCUGUUUCUGCCACCCUGAGACAGCAAGACCAUCCUCUUUUCCUCCUCCUCUUCAGCCUACUCAGCAUGAAGACAAAGAUGAGGAGCUUUUUGAUCAUCCAUGUCCACUUAAUGAGUCGUAAAUAUAUUUUCUCCUCCUUUGAUUUCCUUUAUAAUUUUUAGCUUACUUUGUUGUAAGAAUAAAGUUUAUAAUACGUAUAACAAAAUGUGUUGAUUGUUUAUUAAUAUAUUAUCAGUAAGGCUUCCAGUUAGCCAUAGGCUAUUAGGAGUUAAGUUUUUGGGAAGUCAAAAGUUAUAUACAGAUUUACUGCUACAUAAGGUGUCAAUAUCCCUAAUCCCUGCAUUGUUCAAAGGUCAACUAUAUUUUACCUUUUUUUCAGAGUUAACUUCAAAUCCUAGUAAUGAAACACAAGGAUAGAGGACCAAAACCAGUGGUAAAAUGCCAUUUAUGUGUGUUACUCACAAGUAAACAUGAUUCGAUAAGCAUCUCAUUGGUACUGUAGGAGAAAGGAGAUUAUAUGACGAACUUUUCUGGAAAGCAAAAGACGUCUUAUGACCACUUAGCGUCUGUGAGAUGGCAGAAUCUAGCUGUAGUAUGAUUCUAAUUUUUUUAAGGUAAACAUUAAGAAAGUCUAGAGAAUUCAUUUGCAAACCCAGUAAUCCUUUUUCACCCCCGCUAAAUAGUGCUGAUUGUGCAUUCCCAAAUUUCGCCUGCUCAGGGGAGUUUGCAGGACCUUAACCUACAAUCUUGGAGGGGAACUAUCCUUUUAGGUUUUCAAGCUUUUAAAACUUGAAUGCUUCCAAAUUUACAUGUGGGACAAGUCUAGCUCUAGUUGAUAAAACUGCUUUGCAAGUAGAGAUCCAUAUGCCUCAUGUAGAAUGUAAUUUCAACAUAUUUCUAAGUAAAGGCUUCUUUGAACUUAAGUUGCACUUUUUAAAAGCACCCACUAAAAUAGGGUAGAAAUGUAGAAAAUUUAGAAAAAUUGACAUACAUUUUCAAUUGUGUAUCAAAUAUAGCUUGAAAUUUGGAA